AUGAUUGAUUGUGUUCCAACCAUGUCUGGUAUGCGUCUACAACACUUGCCUUCAUUCAUUAGAAAGACCAGCCCUGGUGAUGAAUACAUGCUUGAAGGUUUGUGUUUACAAGCAGAGAGAGCAAAAAGAGCUUCUGCCAUCAUCUUCAACACCUUUUAUGAACUAGAAAGCGACCUUUUGGAUGCGCUUUCUUCAGUCUUUCCUCCAUGCUAUGGUGUUGGUCCGUUUAAGUUACUAGAGAAGGAAAGUGAUGAAUCUGUAGAGUUCAUCAAAUCAAAUCUUUGGAAAGAAGAGAACACCUGUUUGAAAUGGCUAGAAUCGAAACCAAAAUCAUCGGUUAUUUAUGUGAAUUUUGGUAGCACUACAGUGAUGUCACAUCAAUAUCUACUUGAGUUUUGUUGGGGACUUGCAAAGAGCAAUUGUCCGUUCUUAUGGAUAAUACGUCCAGAUCUUGUGGAUGGCAAAUCUGUCGUGCUUCCACCAGAGUUUUUGGAAGAGACAAGCAGCAGAGGGAUGUUGGCUAGUUGGUGCCCACAAGAACAAGUUCUAAAUCACCCAUCAAUUGGAGGGUUUUUAACGCAUAGUGGAUGGAAUUCCACAAUUGAAAGUAUUUCCAGUGGAGUCCCAAUGAUUUGUUGGCCGUUUUUUGCUGACCAACUAACCAAUUGCUGGUCGUGUUGCCACAAGUGGGAGAUUGGCAUGGAGCUUGACACUGAUGUAAAGAGAGAAGAAGUUUCCAAGCUAGUCAUUGAGUUGAUGAAUGGAGACAAAGGGAAAGAGAUGAGGACAAAUGCAAUCGACUUGAAGAACAAGGCCGAAAAAGCAUGUACCUCUCCUUUUGGUUCAUCCAUUGUUAACUUGGGGAAAGUAAUUCAUCUCCUACAAGGAUCUCCAAGUAAUUAA